UCAGUUGUACGAUUCGACAAACUCGCUGUUGCACAAACUACAACGAUGCCCCAGCAUAAAACCGUUGAGGAAACUGCUACCACAGCAGAGGAAAAUCCCGUUGAAGAAGCUGCGACUGUUGCAAAGACUGUGAAAAAUUCAGAAUCCGGUAACAUCCUCGAUAUCUUCAAUCCUAAUAAAAAAGGUACAGCAACAGGUGACGAUCAACAGCAGCCAGCCAAUAUUUUCGAUUUAUUUAAACCGAAAACGGAUGAUGCCGGUAAUGAUCAAAAAAAGGUUGAUACUGAUUCUAAAGAUGCCGAUACAAAACCUUUCGGUUUAGAUGAGUUUUUGGAUAAAAUAACAUUAGUUAAACCACGCAAAAUAACAAGUGAUAAUAGUGUGAAAACUCAUGACGAUACCAAAAUUGAGGGAAAUGAAAAUGAUGAUUUAACUAUUAUUGACGAUUUAGCAGACGCCUUGAAGAGAGAAAAAGGUUCUAAAAAAACUAACGGAAAUUCGUCAAAGAACACGGAUGAUAAAAAAACUGACGUUAAACCGUUGUUCCCGUCUGACGAUCCGUUUAACUUGAAGAAAACUAUCGAAGACGCUCAACAAGCAAUGAAAGAAAAGGGUCUUGGUGGUCUGAUCCAAAGCGUCCAACAAAACGUACAGCAGGAACUGUCAGAUUUAGCGGACGCUCCGGAAUUAGCUCGCUUGAAACAGAAAGAAAUCCCCGAACUCAUCGGUCUUUAUUUCCUUUCCUUGGUUAAUAUGGGUAUGGCCAUUCCAGGAUUAUUGUUCGUUAAAAUAAAUAAUGCCAGGAUGAAGGAUAAUAUAGAGAGAGCUUUAGCUCCUUUCGUCAUCAAACCAUCGUUCAUACGUUGAAUUAAAUACAAAUUUUAUUUCUUUCUGAUGAUUGUUAUACUAUAAAAUAAGUUUUUAAUGCCCUUCAGUUUGAUUAUUUCUUCUCAGUUUAUCGCAUAAACAAAUAACGAAGACCAUACUAUAAGUUAGAAGAAUCGGAUGAAAAAGAAGAAGAAAUUUCACCAAUUUUGUCGUUACCACACAAAAUUUGAAUUUGACAUUAUGUGGAAUUGUAUUAAUUCUCUAAUAUCAUCGUACUAUUUUGUUUUUUAUGCUUUAGAUCUUCGUUUUUGUUUAUUUCACUUUUUUUUUGUUGUAAAUUCAGUAUUUCCAUACACAUUUUUAUUCUUUAAUGAAAUAUUAUCAACAUAAUCAAAAACUUAUAAAAAAAAUCAUGAAAGCUGCAGAUUAUUUCGAAUUUUUUAUUAUUUCAGCGUAAAUUAUAUCAAAUAUUGUAAUUUUGUAACCAAAAUAAAUCAUUUGCUUCUGAA